GAUUAAAUCUUAUAUCGCAUUACUUUACAUUAGUAGUUCGACCUUCACCGGCUUGGUUUCGGAAAAUGUUCAGAUUGUACAAUUUAAAUCUGUUGAUACAUUUAGAUUUUCGAAAAUUAAAUCUUACGCGAGUAUAUUUUCCGACAAAUAUUUUUAAAUUACAAACAAUUAAAUCGAAAAUAAGCCGCCGAUAUUACUCUUGUAACACAAUGAGUGACGAUAUAUCUUUGUAUACUUUACCGAAUAAUCAGCCUGUAGUUUCGUUAGAAUGUGAAACUGCUUUUAAGUCAUUAACUUUAAAGGAAAAAUUGUACGCACACUAUUUAAGCCAGGCUGCAUGGAAUGGUGGUCUUAUCGUACAAUUACAAACUUCACAAGAAUCUCCAUUAAUUUUUGCUCUUUUACAUAAAAUUUUUCUUUCCGAGUCUAUAAGCGAUUUAAAAAAAACUGUACUAGAGACAGGCAUUUCUGAAAAUGAAUUUACUGCUUUCUUGGUCUAUGUAUGUGGAAUAUUAUCAAAUAGUGGUAAUUAUAAGUCUUUUGGUGACAGUAAAAUAAUACCAAAUUUACCUAAAAAUAAAUUUGAAAUAAUUGUAAAAGCUUCAAAAGCUUUUAAAGAAAAUUCUUUAGAAAUACAAAGUCUCUGGGACAAUAUUCACGAUGUGAUGUAUUCUUUAGAAAAUAGGUUAAAAACAUUAGGAUUGAGUGACAAAGGUGUAACCACUUAUUUCUCUGCUAAUUGUACACAUGAAGAUGCAGAAUUAGUUAAUAGAUUUAUGCAAUCUAAAGGAUUGGAGUCCUAUAAUGCAAGAUGUUUUAAAAGUGUAAUAUCAUCCAAUAAUUCUGAAAAUAAUAAAAAUACAAAUCUAUAUGAGAUAAGAUUAGCCUCUGAAUUGAAAGAAGAUGAUCCAAAGAUAACUUUAGCACAGGAAAUCUUUGAGGGAGUCACAUUCAAUAUUACAAGAGGAGAUUAUAAUACAAUUUUAAAAUUAGUUAAUGAAAACCUUGAAAAAGCUAAGGAGUACGCAGCAAAUGAGACAGAACAAAAAAUGCUGGAGAAAUACAUAGAUCAUUUUAAAACAGGUUCAUUACAAGAUCAUAAAAAUGGUUCUCGUUACUGGAUCAAAGACAAAAGUCCAGCCGUUGAAACGUAUAUUGGUUUUAUAGAAACAUAUAGAGAUCCAGCAGGACAAAGAGCAGAAUUUGAAGGUUUCGUAGCUAUGGUUAAUAGAGAAAUGUCUCAAAAGUUUACUAACUUAGUCAAUAAAGCAGAAGAGCUUCUUCCUAAGCUUCCUUGGAGUAGAGAUUUUGAAAAAGAUGAAUUCCUAAGACCUGAUUUUACUUCAUUAGAUGUUUUAACAUUCUCAAGUUCAGGUAUUCCAGCAGGAAUAAAUAUCCCAAAUUAUGAUGAGAUUAGGCAGUCUGAAGGAUUUAAGAAUGUUUCCUUAGGAAAUGUUAUACCAGCUAAUAUGAAGCAAGAUGUAUUACCAUUUUUAUCAGAUGAAGAUAUAGCCUUAAUGAACAAGUACAGAAUUGCUAGUUUUGAAGUACAAGUUGGGUUACAUGAACUUCUUGGUCAUGGCAGUGGUAAACUAUUAAAGGAGCUUGGACCAAAUAUUUUCAAUUUUGAUACUAAAACAGUAAAAAAUCCUUUAACAGGACAAUUAGUAGAUAAGUACUUCACAAUUGGGGAAACAUAUGAUUCUAAAUUUGGUGCAUUAGGAUCGUCAUAUGAAGAAUGUCGAGCAGAAGCAGUUGGACUUUAUUUGAGUUUAGAAAAAGAUGUUAUACGUAUUUUUGGUUAUACAGAUGAAAUUAUUGAUGAUAUUAUUUAUGUUAACUGGUUGUCAUUGCUAUGGAAUGGCUGUGCUAAAGCUUUAGAAAUGUAUGAACCUUCUACUAAACAGUGGUUACAAGCACACUCUCAAGCAAGAUAUGUUUUACUUAGAGUUUGUCUUGAAGCAGAGGAAAAUUUUAUUACUAUUACUGAAACUGAGCCAGGAAAAAAUUUAAAAAUGUCUUUAGAUAAGUCUAAAAUUGGAACUAUUGGAAGAAAGGUAAUUGGAGAGUUUUUAAAGAAACUUCAAAUUUAUAAAAGUACAGCUGAUAUAGAAGCUGCAAAAACAAUGUAUGAAAAAUAUAGUGAAGUACCUGAUUCUGGCCCAUAUCCAUGGGCACGUUGGAGGGAAAUAGUUUUGGCCAAUAAACAACCCAGAAAAAUAUUUGUUCAACCAAAUACAUUCAUCUUAAAUGAAAAUAAUACAAUUAAUGUGAUGUUAAAGAACUAUGAACCAUCUUUCUCUGGAUUGAUUCAAUCUUGGAUAGAAAGAUUUCCUACUGCCAAUGUUUCAGAAUUACUUAUCCAACUCUGGGAAAAGGAUAAGAAUUACUUUACAUCAGAAAAUACUAAUUAGUGAAAAAAUUAAACAAAGCUAUAAGAAUAUA